AUGUCUAUUCAAGGAUCAUCUUCCAAAUCCUCUCCAGAAGUUAAUGAAAUGGAAUACUGGAAAGUAUCUGACAGUGAAUCGAACCUUGAGCUGACUGAAGAUAAAGUGAAAGAAAACUCAGAACAUGAACAACACAUAACAAAGAAGAGCUUUUUUGCCAAUAUAAGUAGCAUUUUCAUGUUCUUAACAAAGGAUGAUUUCUUGUUAGUUGGUUGUGGAUCUGUCAGUGCGUUUCUUUCUGCAUUAGUUCCAGUUGGUAUCACUCUUUUGGUGUCGAAGAUAUUCACCUAUUUUACGAAUUUUGCAGCUGGGUAUUAUACAACCGUCUCGGAAUUCCUUCAUGAUUUGAAAACUGUUUGUAUUGCAGUCGGCCUUGUUGGAUUAGGUGCUACCGUUUUCUCUUGGCUGCAAACAUUUAUAUUUUGUGUGCUUUCCGAGCGUCAACAAAGUAGGUGCAGAAUUAAACUAUAUCAAUCAUUACUGAAAAAGGAUUUUGAGUGGUUCGAAAAUGGAUCUCAGAGUUUAAAUGGAGAACUUAUUCAAUUAAAUAGAUCAGUCGAGGAAUAUAGAUCGGCAGUUGGUGAGUUUUCGGCCAUGUUAAUUCGAUCCGUUUUCACUGUUAUUUGUCUUACUGUUACCAGUUUCAUUAUGUGCUGGAGAGCAACUCUACUUAUUUUUGCCACAGUGCCUGUCAUGAUGGCUGUGCUUUUCAUAUUUGGAAGAUUUAUUGAUUACUGGGCAACCUCAGAAGACACACAAACAUCUAUAGCGGCCUCCAUAUUGGACUGGAAUUUGAAAUGCUAUGUGUGGGUGAAAUCAGUUUUUAGUGCAGAUAUUGAAUUGAAGAAAUUCACCGAGCAAUUGGUGGAAGUGAAGCACUCUUUCAAGAAAUUCAAUAAGUUUACUUCAUUAGCUUCAAGUCUUAUGAGAAUAUUCUCUUUAAUCCUAUUUGUUGAAAGUUUUUGGUUUGGUUCCUAUCUUGUCCGAAAGCAUUACAAUACUAGUGCAGAUGUGAUUUCUGCAUUUUAUGCCUGCCUUAACAUUUCUAUGACUUUUAGCUCGAUCUCUAUGAUAUUAGUGGUUCUUCAGAAAGGAAAGGCUUCUUUUGAUAAGAUAGUUAAAUACUUGGACAGUGAUAAGUCUAUUUCUGUUCAGAGCAAUGGUUUAGUGCCUGAGUAUUCAAUGACGGGAAAUAUAUCAUUUGAAAAUGUGUCGUUCGCUUUCAAGACAGGAAAUACAGCUGAAAGAAGAACUGCUUUGAAGAACAUCAAUUUGAAUAUUGAAGCGGGAGAAGUUUGCUUUUUAAUAGGAUUAUCAGGAUCCGGAAAAUCCACUCUUUCGUCCUUGCUUUUGAACUUUUACAUAUCAGAUAAUGGUAAAAUAUUGGUUGAUGGUGUGGACAUCAACAAAUUAAAUAAAUACUGGCUACGAGAUCAGAUUACCUUUCUUCAACAAUUUUCACCUUUAUUUUCUGGAACAAUUAAGGAUAAUAUUGUGCUUGGAUGCAAAAAGUAUACAGAUGAGGAUUUAUUUAAUGCCGUAAAGAAUUCCUGUCUUGAAGAUACAAUUGCAAAACUUCCACAUGGGUUAGAAACUGAAAUAGGUGGCAAUGAAGGUCAAUUUGAGCCAAGUGGUGGCGAAAAGCAACGAAUUGCACUUGCAUGCGCUUUUCUAAGAAAUACAUCUGUUCUCAUACUUGAUGAAAGCACAUCAGCUAUUGAUAUUCGUCAAAGAAAAAGGAUAAUGGAAAACUUGAGAAGGAUAAGGAAAGGUCGAACAACCUUGAUUAUUACUCAUGAUAUCGAUGAGAUUCAUGAUAACGAGAAUGUGAUAGUGAUGAGCGAUGGUAAGAUUAUAUCUCGGGGAAAAAAGCAUGAACUUGUCAAGAAGAACAUUGGACUUUUCAAAAAGGUUGAAAGCAGAAGCAAAAGCUAUGAGGUGUCAAAUACUUUUAAAGCAGAGGUUGAGGACAAGGAUGAACAGCUGAAGGAUUUGGAGUUUUUGAGAUUGGUCUCCAACCCAACGGAAAAGGAUAUCGAGGAUCAAAAUGCCAAGAAGGAUCAUCACCCAAGUGAAUUUCCUCUUGCCUUUAGAUUCAUUAAACACUUCUUGAAUCUAAAUACGAGAUUAAAAUAUUUCACUGGAAUCGUCUUUUCUAUUGGCAGAAGCAUUUUAAGUCCGUUAUUCAGCUUUUAUUUUUCGAAACUUAUCACGGGAGUUGUACCUCAAAAAGGAACAACAAUUUCAUCUUCAUACUAUCAGAUGAAGUGGUCUUUAGUGUUGACUGGUAUAUCUCUUGCGGAUGGUUUACUUUUCCUCUUUUCAAAACUCAUUUUGGGCUCAAUUUCCGAUUCAUUGAUUCAGAAGGCACGUUUGGAUAGUUUUGACAAAAUACUUCAACAGCCUAUGGAUCGGUUACAGAGAUUUGCUAAGACAGAAAUGUCGACUAUAUUGAUGAAUGAUAUGAGAGAUCUCAGGACGGUUUUUAGUGGUUGCAUUGAUUCAUUGAUAGGGGGUGUCAUAAUUCUUUGCUUUGGUAUAAUUUGGGCUACAAUAAUAGGUUGGAAAUUGUCUUUGGUUGGCUUGAGUUUCUUUCCAUUGUUUGGACUUAGCGUGGUUGCUACAUCAGUAUUUUGUCGUGUGGCCGAAAAUAGGUAUAAAGAGUCGGUUCUUUCUGUGGAAGAAUCAUUCAGUGAGACGGUGAACGGCAUUAAAGUAAUAACUUGCCUUAAUUUGCAGGAACAGCUAACUAGCCGUCUAAUUAGGAAAUGCACAUUUAUGAAAAGGAAUGGCUCCAUAAGGGCCCUCUCAUUGGGAAUGAGCAUGAGCAUCUCUUUAGUCAUAAUAAAUCUUGCCCAAGCAAUAUUGUUCUAUUAUGGUUUGAAGCUUGUUGUCACCUCUGAGUACACCCUUGUUCAGAUGAUGCAGGUCAUUAUGAUUAUUCUCUUCUCGACCGGGUUUUCAGCUUCACUCCUUGGCUCUUUACCAAACUUUCACAGGGGAAUGCGGGUUGCAAGAAAAGUUGAUGGAUUAUUAAAGUUGGAGCCCGACUCAAACGAAACACAAGGAUAUUUAUCUCCCAACUUAGUUGCAGUUGAUACACCCAACACAUUUGAAAUGAAAAGGGUGGAUUUUGCAUAUCCAAGUAUGCCAGGAACUUAUAUUCUAAAAGAUUUUAACAUUUCCAUUCCAAAGAAUGCUAUUACAUGCUUAGUUGGUGAGUCAGGAUGUGGGAAGUCCACGAUAAUCUCACUUUUACAGAGAUUUUAUGCACCAAAUAGCGGAGAGAUAAGCAUUAGUGGAUAUAAUGAAAGUACGAUUAAGUUAAGUCACUUAAAGAACAGUAUUUCUGUUGUUCCGCAGAAGUCAUACUUUGUGGAUGCAUCGAUAAAGGAGAAUUUAGUCUAUGGAAAUCCAGUUGCAUCCACCAUAACCAAUGCAGACAUUUAUGGAUGUCUCAAGAAAGUGAAUAUGGAAAAUUUUGUCAGGUCUUUACCUAGCGGAUUAGACACAAAUGUCGGUUCCGAUGAUAAAGACAUGCUCAUUUCAGGUGGACAAGCUCAGAGAUUGUGUAUUGCAAGGGCAUUGCUUCGACCAGCAAGAAUCAUGUUUCUAGACGAAUGCACUUCUGCGCUUGAUCCAUACAACACGGAAGUGGUACUGAAAUUGCUUUCACGGUUGAAAAUAAACAUGACAAUUAUUGCAGUUACGCAUAUGAAGGAUAUGAUGAAGAUCGCCGAUAACAUAUGCAUGAUCAAAGAUGGACAGUUGGCUGAAACUGGCUCAUACGAUUGUUUAAUAAACAAAAAAGGAAUCUUCUACAAGUUUUUAUCAGGCGCUUAG